AGAACACAUACAGGGGAGAAACCAUAUAAAUGCAUGGAAUGUGGGAAGAGCUUCAAUCGGAGUAAUAAUCUACGUCUACAUCAAAGAACUCACACAGGGGAGAAACCAUAUAAAUGCAUGGAAUGUGAGAAGAGCUUCAGUCACAGUGGAGAUCUACAUAAACAUCAAAGAACCCACACAGGAGAGAAACCAUAUAAAUGCAUGGAAUGCGGUAAGAGCUUCAGUCACAAUGGAGAUCUACAUACACAUCAAAGAACACAUACAGGGGAGAAACCAUAUAAAUGCAUGGAAUGUGGGAAGAGCUUCAAUCGGAGUAAUAAUCUACGUCUACAUCAAAGAACGCACACAGGGGAGAAACCAUAUAAAUGCAUGGAAUGUGGGAAGAGCUUCAGUCACAGUGGAGAUCUACAUAAACAUCAAAGAAUCCACACAGGGGAGAAACCAUAUAAAUGCAUGGAAUGCAGGAAGAGAUUCAAUCACAGUGGAGAUCUACAUAAACAUCAAAGAACACAUACAGGGGAGAAACCAUAUAAAUGCAUGGAAUGCGGUAAGAGCUUCAGUGACAGUGGAACUCUACGUCUACAUAAAACAACUCACAUAGGAGAGAAACCCUUUAAAUGCAUGGAAUGCAGGAAGAGAUUCAAUCACAGUGGAAAUCUACAUAAACAUCAAAGAACACAUACAGGGGAGAAACCAUAUAAAUGCAUGGAAUGUGGGAAGAGCUUCAAUCAGAGUAAUAAUCUAUGUCUACAUCAAAGAACUCACACAGGGGAGAAACCAUAUAAAUGCAUGGAAUGUUGGAAGAGCUUCAGUCACAGUGGAAAUCUACAUAAACAUCAAAGAACCCACACAGGAGAGAAACCAUAUAAAUGCAUGGAAUGUGGGAAGAGCUUCAGUCAGAGUGGAAAUCUACAUAAACAUCAAAGAACCCACACAGGAGAGAAACCUUAUAAAUGCAUGGAAUGUGGGAAGAGCUUCAGUCACAGUGGACAUCUAUAUAAACAUCAAAGAACCCACACAGGCAAGAAACUACUGAGGAACUGA